AGAGCUUGCCAUCGCAAUGGACAGCUCCCAGGCGCCCUUGAUCUCCAACAGCCGCCACGACGAUGACGCGCCGUACGAUGCCGCCGACGACGAGCCAGCGUCCAGGGCGGCCGCGGGAAAGGCGAGCAGCGAGCGUCCCGGCUUGUUCGUCUUGAUCCUGACAUUUGCCGCGGACGAUACCGGAGUCAUUUCUGCCACGCUCGUCUCGAUCGGAAAGGCGCUGUCGGGCCGAGACCUCACGUCCAUGGACAAGUCCAUCAUCACGUCCUCGACCUCCCUCUUCGCGCUUCUCGUCUCGCCCUUCUCGUCCCACAUCGCCGACCGCCUGGGCCGCAAGCGAGUCAUCCUCUACGCCGACGUGCUCUUCAUCGUCGGCGCCGCCCUGCAGGCCGUCAGCUCGACGGUGCCGCUGAUGGUGGCCGGCCGCUGCAUCAUCGGCGCGGCGGUGGGCGCGGCGAGCUUCGUGGUGCCGCUGUACAUUGCCGAGGUUGCGCCAUCGUCGCACAGAGGCCGUCUGGUGACCAUCAACGUGCUCUUCAUCACGCUCGGGCAGAUGGCGGCGUACAUCCUCGGCUGGGCGCUGUCGACGUAUGCGUCCAAGGAGACGGGCUGGCGGUGGAUGGUGGGACUGGGCGCGUUGCCGGCGGGCUUGCAGGGCGCUCUUGUUGCCUUGAUGCCGGAGACGCCGCGCUGGCUGGUGAAGGCGGGGAGGUCGGACGAUGCCCGGCGGGUUAUACAAAGGGUCGAUGGCGUACAAGGGCGGUUUGAUGGCUCGGCGGAUGCCGUCAUCAGGGAGAUUGAGAUGGAAGUUCGCGAAGAGGAGGAGGCACGCCUGCUUGCGGCCCGCCAUGCGUCAGGCCCAUGGAAGGGCCUCGGUGUGUGGCACGAGCUGUUGAGCGUGGGGAAGCACCGCCGUGCGUUGGCCAUUGCGUGUCUCUUGCAGGGACUGCAGCAGCUGUGUGGUUUUAACUCCUUGAUGUACUUUUCGGCCACCAUCUUCUCCAUCAUGGGCUUCGAGAGCCCUACGCUGACGUCUCUCAUUGUCGCCAUCACCAACUUUGUCUUUACGCUGGUCGCCCUGGUCCUCAUCGACCGCAUUGGCCGCCGCCGGAUUCUGCUGUAUUCGAUCCCGUUCAUGGCGCUGGGGCUGCUCUUGGCCGCAGCCGGUUUCUCCCAUCUCUCUCUGGAGCCGUCACCAGCCGCCCGGAACGGUGACGACGACGAAGCCACGACAUCGACGACGACAACAACAACAGCAACAACGACCGAGGCCGAGCGCGAGACCAGGCCAGCCGUCGUCGUCCUCGUCAGCAUCAUGGUCUACGUGGCGUCCUACGCCCUCGGCCUGGGCAACGUGCCGUGGAUGCAGAGCGAGCUGUUCCCCCUGGCCGUCCGCUCGGCGGGCAGCGGCGCCGCGACGGCGACCAACUGGGCGGCCAACUUUGCCGUCGGCCUGACGUUUCUGCCGCUCAUGGACGCGCUGAGCCCGUCGUGGACCUUUGUGCUGUACGCGGCGGUUUGUGCCGUGGGGUAUGUCCUCGUCUGGCGCAUCUAUCCCGAGACGGCGGGCUUGAGCCUGGAGGAGGCCACGGCGUUGCUGGACGACGGAUGGGGCGUGCGAUGAU